CACAGAGAAAAGGAGUUAGGCACAAGAAUGUGAGGAGAGAUGGAAACAGUGUGAGAAAGCACAGCGCAGUUGCAGAAGCUGGCCUGAAAUCGAGAGCAGCUGGAGAAUGACAGAAAAGGGGGGAAAGAGAGGGGGGAUGUCACGCGGGUCACAACAGCCGCGGGUCGGAUUCAAACCCUGGCCGCUGCCAAGGACUCAGCCACAUGGGGUGCACACUUUACCGGGUGAACACACAGUGUAUGGAUCAGUGUCACAAUGAAUGUGACAGAAGUCUACAAGGGAAUAGCUCACAUCUACAAUGAGGGAAAUUUCUCUGGCAAUGGAAGUAUUGGUGUCCUGGACAUCCCUCCCUCCCUAAACAAAGCCAUCAAUAUCCUCACUGUCGUCAUCCUCUUCAUCUCCAUGAUAUCCCUUGGCUGUACAAUGGAGAUUUCCAAAAUAAAGACCCAUCUCUUCAAGCCAAAAGGUGUAGCCAUUGCACUGCUGGCCCAGUUUGGCAUCAUGCCCCUGACUGCUUUCUCUCUAGCCAAAAUGCUACAGAUGGAUCCCAUCAAGGCUGUGACUGUGCUCAUCUGCGGCUGCUGUCCAGGGGGAAGCUUAUCAAACAUUUUCUCUCUGGCCAUAAAGGGUGACAUGAACCUCAGCAUCGUAAUGACCACUUGCUCCUGCAUCGCCGCACUUGGUCUGAUGCCAUUGCUGCUCUAUAUCUACUGCCAAGGCUUUACUGGUCUGGAAAAUGCUGUACCCUACUUUGGCAUCAUCUCUGCUCUCGCAUUCACCCUUGUGCCUUGUGCCAUUGGCAUUGCCAUUAAUCACUACAAACCAAACUACUCAUCAGUCGUCAAAAAAGCUGGUCUCAGCAUCCUGAUGGUCUCCGGCAUCAUAGUGUUCAGCCUGUCUGGUUUUGUCAUCAAAGACGUACUAUGGAUGGUCCUCACACCUGAUGUUGUGGCUGUUGCUGCACUGAUGCCACUGAUUGGUUUUAUGCUGGGAUAUGUCAUGUCUGUAAUGUGCAGACUCAGUCCAAAAUGCAGCAGGACAGUCUCCAUGGAAACUGGGUGUCAAAACAUCCAGCUGUGCGUUACCAUCCUAAAAGUGGCCUUUCCCCCUCAGGUCAUUGGACCCAUGUUUCUCUUCCCUCUGUUAUACUACACAUUCCAGUGUACUGAGGCACUUCUCCUGACCCUGGGCUUCAGAUGUUACCAAGCGUUCAAGCCACCAGCUGAGGACGUUGACGUUAAACAAGUGGAAGUGAAACAGCCAUGUCUGGGUCCCAGAUGACAACCCAGUGCUGAAGAGGGAAAUGGUGGAAGAGCUGAAUCCUACCUACUGAGGAUGCAGAGUGCACUCACUGUCUCCAUAUCAUCUGCACAUUCUUCACCCAGGCCUGUGAUACGGACAGAAAGACUGUUGAAGCAUGUGCCAUAACUAAUACUUUAAUCAGCGUUUACGUAAUCAAUUGGAUAUAAUGUUAACUAGAGGUAGUGCCUGUCGAAGCAAGAAGUCAAUGAUUAAAUAUUACAUUUUGUAAUUAUAUUUUAUAACUGACACCUUGAUAAUGAAUUUAUACAAUCUAUUGACGUGUCACUAGCUUUUUUGAGGAUGCUAUUAAAUUAAAUAGAAUAAGAGAAAGGUCAAUCUCAGAUGUUUCAAAGAUGUGAAAAGCAGUCUAAUGAAAAAGGAUACCGUCACUUUGAACACCUCAAAUAAUAUUUAAUCAAAAUGAUUGUAUGGUAUAUACAAAGUAAACUUAACUUAAAACUUUUUACAUAUAUUAAAAUACCAUCUUCACAAAAACACAAAACAAAACCCAUUCCUCAGUCCCAAAGUAAAUUCAGUGGACAGUCAAACAAAGUGAACACUGACAUUACACUAGUCUGUACACUUACUCAUUUGUGUUGGAGCUUCCUUACAACGCGCCUGCAGUAGAAUCAAAACUGAAGCGGCAAACUAAAAAAAGCCCUACUUGUUUUUUUGUUUUUUAAGUUUUCAAGAGCUGUGAAAGCAUCAAAAGAAGCCAUGGCUGAUCAACAGCGUUCUGGACACAUAAAUUAAACACACAUAUUAGUUUCCUCGUUUACACUUAAAAGAGGAAUUUCCAAGCAGCCUGAAUAAAUAUUUUCUGGUGUACAAGGGAUGUGUAUGACAAAGCCUCACAUAAUAUCACUAAGCAGUGGAGGCAUUUAACUGACAUUCAUUUUUAAAAUUCCUUAUUUUACAUGUUAUAUACCUGUGCAUAGAAGUGGAAAGCUAAGGCCAUUGGAGGCAAGGGUAUGAGUAUGGAGAGAAUACAUCUGAACGCUUUGCAAGGGGAAAAUGUGUUGAAUGCAGGCCUGAAACAAGUCUCUUAAAAUGUUUGCCCUCAAUCCAAUGAAAAACGCAGCAGAGUGAACUCUUAGGUGGACAAGCAGCCGUAAACUGUACAAUGACUUGAGGUAGGUGUUAUGAUUAAUAACACCUUAAAUAAUGAUUUAUAAUUACAAAAAUCUUUGAGGACAGUGCUGUAAGUGUGCAUGAUUUGGACAACAAUCUUUCUUGGACUUCAUGCACCUUUGCUGAUGUGUCUUAAAUGGCGCGAUAUGUGGUUAAAGAAAAGUAACAGUAAACAAGACACUGAAGAGAUUAUUGACUCCCAAAAUGAGUUUGCAGCUUUGCCCAUUCAACUGAAAUAAAUCAGUUAUUUUUUAAGACAACCUCCUUCACGAGGUGCCUGUUCCUUUCUGUUUUUGUUCUACAUUUUCAAACUGACCUUCAGACAUUAGACGUACAUACAUAGUGUAGGAAUUCCUAUA